AUGGAGCUCAGCACGCCGAGGCCCGUCACGAAGGGGAAGAUGACGGAGUACAAGCAGGACUUCGUCGACGUGGACUUCAACAGGGAUGGCGUCAUGGACGCCCAGGAGGUCCGGGCCCACUUCAAGGGCGGCAUCGCGCUGGAUGAGUUGUACUCCUUCUUCGUCGACUGCGACAAGGACAACUCGGGCACGAUCUCGCUCCAGGAGUACGUGGACUACGCCGCGAUGCUGUGA